AUGAGUAAAGUCAAGGACGGCAUCACUGGCUUUGGAAGUACUGUUGGGAGUCAUCUCAAAGGUGCUGGCAAUUUUGCAGGACAUCACUUGAAUCAAGCAGGGUCUAAGAUUCUGGAUCUAAGCCAUGACAUGAAGGACAAGGUAGUUGGGGCAAAAACAUACGGAAUUGAAGAUGAACUCAUUGAGAUAUACGAUCAUAAUAUACGGAAAUCGAUUGGAGGAUUAAACUUUGUAUUGAAGCAGAACAAAGCCAUUGCACAGAAACUCUUCCCUCGGUUAUUGAAACGGAAUAAAUGUAUUGCCGGACUUUUCAUUCAUCUCAUAGGAACCAAUUCGCUUUAUUUCAAAGGAAUUGACGAGUACUAUGACCUUUUCCACGAAGCCAAUGCAUUGGAAGUUGUUCCGUCGGUUCAUCCGAAAGACAAGCAAUAUCUAAUUGACACUAUCAACGAGGCCGUCGAAGGUUAUUUGCAUUCUAUCGAGCAACUUGAGUAUCGUGUUACGAGUUUUUCCAAGCUCCAUACAAGUUCACUUGAGCUUCGGAUCAAGUCGAUGAACCAUAACUUGAAGGGGCUCUUGAAGUUGAUCAAGGCCAGAAGAAAGUCUCAGAGAGAAACAUACUCUUUACAGGGUAAGAUCGAUAAGUUAAAGAAAAGAACGACUCCCUUGGAGGAUAAGGAAGAGGUGCACCUUCAAGACUUGGAGAAUAAGUAUAAAAUUUCCUUAAAGUCCUUCACCAAAUUGGAUCAACGCAUAAGAGAUGUUCUUCCCCAUGCCACAUCAUUUCUUGAUGAGUUUGUCGAUGGUAUAGUCAAGAUCCAGUUAUACACUCAAUUGGAUAUCUACCGAGAUUUCCAGAAGACCACCGAGUUCUUUUCAAGGUACGUUGGGAUCUUGAGCAAGGACGGAACUAUUCCUGACUAUGAGGAGAUCAUGAAUGCGUGGGAAACCGAUAAUACAGCAUCAAGAACAAAGAUAGAGUCACUUGUGGCUCAGUUAAAGCAUAUAAAAGACACAGAUGCAGACGCAUCAGAAACAGACACAGUUGUUGCUGUUGAGAACAAGGAGAUCCAUGAUGAAGACGAAACGUCUCGUGCAACCAAAGUUUUAAACAAAAUGGGAGCUAAAAUGACGUUGAAGUCACAUCAUUUGAAGUUAAAGGAUCCAGUGAAUGGGUUCUUCAAUGAUCAAUAUGAAUCUGAUCCCCUUAGUUCUUAUUUGGAGUACGAAAACACUUCAAUGAACCGAAACGAAACGUAUUUCCCCCAUAAGGUUCUUUGCAUCAAAGAUAUUCAUCCAGUAGGAAGUAAUACUAAAAAGGGUCCACCAUUACCUCCAAGAUCCAGUACAGCUUCGGUUAAUCUUCCUCCCCGAGAGUUAGCUUUUGAACGAAGACCACGAACAAAUACCACCAUAGCUCCAUUCUACCAGAACAUGUCGUCGGCAAGUUCAUUUUCAGACGUUGAUGAUAUGAAUUCUGAUGAUGAUGUUUCCUCGGAUAUCUCGUCUAUAUCUUCAUUCAAUGAUUCCUAUUUCUACAAAGAUAAGGAUUCAGAUUCCUUAAAGAAGAUUGAAUUGACAAGAGCGUAUAACAGACCAAAGAAUGACAUAGUGCUGUCUCCCUUAACAGAGGAACUAAAGGACUUAAAGGUUGCCAAUGGGCUUCCAGAGAACAGUACAAGUGCCUUUAAGGUAAGCAAAUUUGAGGAAUUCUUUGAAAAAAUGGUCAACUCAAAGAAUUUACAGAAGGCUCCUUGUUCCAGAGAAUGGACGGCAUUAUAUGAUUUCAAUGGGAAGGAAGAAGGAGAUUUGUCCUUUAAAAAGGGUGAUAUAAUUGAGGUUCUCUUUAGUUUCCAAGAUAUGGAUACUCUUUAUCAAAGUGAUGGAGCAAAUUGGUUUAUAGGUAGGUCCAAAACUAGUGGCAUUGGAGCAAGAGUUGGUAUGGCCCCAACUAACUUCUUUGCAAGGGAAUAA